GAUGUAUGUUUCUGUCAUUAAUUUUUAGCUCUUUUAUUCUCUCCGAAAAUUAUCAUUUUUCACUGACUGUGUAACUUUAGAAUUUUAAGUACAUAGCUCAUUUAUUUUUAAAAAAAAUCUUUUUAUCAUUGUAAAAUGCAAAAAAUGCGGUAUUUAAUAUUUUUGACUUUGUUUACACUUUCAACUUGUGUUUUUGAUUUUGACGACGAUUUUUAUGAUCCGAAAAGAGAAACUUUAUUGAAAAGUAUACCCAUAUCUAUUAAGCGGCUUUAUACUGAGUGGUCAGAGAAAACAAAAUGUGUGGAUCGUAUUUUACGUAGCACACAGGCUACCAGUAAUUAAAACAAAGACAUUCCAAUGGUUUAUCUAUAAAGUUCGAAUGCCUCGUCGGAUGAGUCCAGUGUUAGAAGCCCAAUUGCUACUGGAAUUCUACAAGACCUCGAACUUCUCGCGAGUUCUCAACUAUGAUUACGGUAUCGAAUUGCACUCCUUGGAUCACAAAACUGAAACUCGAUUCAUCAUAUCCAGUGAGAAGUAUGCAAGUGGAAACGUGGCAGAAUUAUUCUUCAACAUUACAAGCAUCUACCAAGAAAAGAAGAAGUCGAACAGAAACUUUAUCCGACUUCGAUUUCGGUUCUUGCGAUUUCCAGUCGACAAUAAGCCUCCUCCAAUUGACCAGGAUGAAGACGAGUUUACUUUUAGAAAUAUCAAAGCCUUCCUUGUUACCCAUGAGGACAAUGAAGAUUGUCAAUCCUCCUAUAGGGAGGUAAACUUGCAAUCGCGAAGAGUUGUAAAAAUUGCCGAACAAUCUUCAAUGUUGAGGGCAUUCCAUCGCCCUAAUCUCUAUCCUGUUGAUAAUUCGAUGCACCCCUGUCGUCUUAUGGAUUGGUUUGUUUCUUUUCAUAGCAUCGGAUGGAGUUCAUUUAUAGUAGCACCAUCUCGGGUAAAUGCUCGUGCCUGUACUGGAAUCUGUGGGUUUCCCAUGAAAGUAAAUUCAACGGAACAUGCUAUUGUGCAAACGCUUGUUUCAAUUCGAAAUAAUCGAAACACUUCUGCUAGCUGUGUACCUGUUGCUACAAAGCCUACGGCACUUUUGUUGUACGAUGACUCAGAUGAUAGCAUUUACAUUUCCACCUUUCCUGAUAUGAUUGCAAAUAGCUGUGGAUGUCGAUAAGAUUUAGUUGAAUAGAAAAAAUGAAUCAGAUUUGUUAACCUAUGAAAACUCAACUUGUAAAUUAUCAGAACAUUUUAAAAUUAUUUUAUUAAUAAAUAAACAUUAUGAAGAAUA